GAGGGCACAAGGAGAAGGGGACGACAGAGGACGAGAUGGUGGGACAGUGUUCUCGAAGCUACCAGCAUGAGUUUGACCAAACAGCGGGAGGCAGUGGAAGACAGGAGUGCCUGGUGUGCUCUGGUCCAUGGGGUCACGAAGAGUCGGACACAACUAAACGACUAAACAACAACAACAACAACAACAACAUUUUCAUUGGAGAAAUGUUGGAGGGCAUGGCACUGAACUGGGGGAAAGCGAGGAAAGAGUUACUCCUGCCCUAGUUUGGCCCUUUAACGGUUAAAGCCACAGAGCAUGCAUUCCUAGAGAGGAAGGAGGAAGUGAGCACCCCAUGGGGGACAUCCCCCGGGCAGCGCACCUUCCUGUCCAUCCUCUUUUGUGUUCCCCAGUGGUGGGGAAAGAAUAGGAGACCCAUUCCUGUGAGUUAGAAAGGUGCGAGGUGGGGUGACAGGCAUGGUCUUCCUUGGGAGGCCAUGGCCAGGCUGAGCAGGAGGGUGGGGGAAGACGGCUGGGAAGUGGAAGGACCCAGUGCAAGAGGGAGAAACAGACAGACUUCUGCUGCAGGGAGCAAUAAAACCUCAAAAUACAUUUGCAAAGCUAAGCAGGGUCCGUUGUGGUUUCACAUUGGAUGGGGAGCCUGCGUGUUGAGAUGGGGUGCGGAAGAAGGGAGGGGAGCCGCUGCCCGUGAACCCCGCAAAUCCCCUUCAUUUUCUAGCAUUGGUCUGAUUCGGGGAGAGGCAGCUUCCUUGUCUCCAGUUUAAAGUGCUAUUCGUUCAUGAGGACCGGGGUCUUUCUUUGAGGGUCCAUAUAUAGCAACACCCUAGAGGUCCCAGACCCUAAGGAAGUCAGAUUAGCCUCAACCAGAGGCAGGGCCUUUUCAACACUGGCUCCAGCCUGGUGGAACGCUCUUUCUCAUGAGACCAGGGCCCUGCGGGAUCUGAUUUCUUUCCUCAGGACCUGUAAGACAGAGUUGUUCCGCCUGGCCUUUGGCUUAGAAUCAGUUUGAUUCCCUCCCUCUCUUUCUUUUUCCUUUCUCCUCCUGUGAUGAGGCUGCAUCUUAAUGUUUUAAUGUUGUAUUUUAAUCUUGUUUUUAAGUUGUAUUUCAAUCAACUUGUUUUAUUAUUGGUUGUUAGCCGCCCUGAGCCUGGUCUUGGCUGGGGAGGGCGGGGUAUAAAUAAAGUUUAUUAUUAUUAUGAGGGGAGGGAUCACCGCUCAGGGAAGGAGUGCAUGUGGAACUUCUUGCGUUCAAUCCUGGGCAUCUCCAGGUAAAAGCAGGCCCUGUCUGAAAUCCUGGAGAGCUGUUUGCCUGUUGGUGUGACAGUCCCAAGCGCCCCCUUACCUGUGGGUACACCAGCAUUCUCAUCCCCCCGGUUGCUCAUAUGCAAAAGAAAUCUUAAUGGUUGAUUAAGGGAAGGGAUUUGGCUUGGUGGCAGAGCCUCCAGGUAAGGCUGUGACUGUUCCUUGCCUGAAAGCCGUGGAGAGCCAAUGAUCCCGCAGCAGAGAGACCAAUUUGAGAUAAUGACACUUCCUAAUCAUUUAAAUAGCUCUUCACAGAACCAUGAGGACGAGAAUCUUACUUAAUCUCAAAGGAAAGGGACUACAGAUCAGUGGUAGAGCACCUGCACGCAGAAUGUCACACUUCAAUCCUUGGUUUCGGGGGAGACACCUUUGCCUGGAACCUUGGAGAACUGAUGUCAGUCAGUGCCUGGAAUCUUCCUUUCCCCCCUGCAGAACUCCCAGAGUUCCCUGGGAUGAAGGAUUGCUUCUUAAGCCACACUGGAAAUUGUAGCUGUGUGAAUAGGGGCUUCCUAGCAACACCCUUGACAAACUACAACUCCCAGUAUAAUUUGGGGAAAUGGUGUCUUUUUAAAGCGGUUUCAUCCCACUUUAAAUGUUUAGUGAAAAUGGGGCCUCCAGAGCACCCUGUUCCAUCAGUUUCCUCACUUUUGUCUGUUUGGAUUCCCAUUUCUUUCAGCGUAAAGAAGCUUUUGCCAGAGGUUGGGGAAAGAUUUCAGCUUCCAUGUGACCCUUCUUUGGCCAGAGACUUCAACAGAAACUGAGAGGCAACACUCCGUCACAUGUUCCCAGGAACCUCAUUCUUGUGCUGACCCACAAAUUAACAGGGGAAACAUUUUGUCCCUUACACAGAAGACGACUGAGGGACAUCUCCCUCUGAGUGAAAAUGGCUGCAGAGCAGGGAGCAGAAAUCCCAGCAGCCUCUCUGGGUCUCCAGCUCCAGUGGGCAGCAGAGGCCGGUGCGAAGCCAGGAAUUAAAACGGAGCAAGUGGAAUUGGCAAGGCUGGCACCAGAGAUGGCACUAGAAGAGGCAGGAGGCUCAUCUCCUGCCCUCCAGAAUGGAACAGAGGGGCCUUGUCCGAGCUGGACGGAGCCACAACGUAUCAAAGGGGAGUCGGAAGAGGAGCUGUCGUCCCGGCAAUGGGAAGCCCAGUGGCAGGAAUUCCUCCGGACUGUGCAGGCCCCACACUCUGGGGGAGAAGGAAGCCCACAGCUCCUAGGGAAUGGGGCAUGGGGCGAGGCGAAGCCUUCUGGGUCCUCCUUUGAGGGAGCAGCCAUUCCCAGCCAGUGGGCUGGAGCAGGAGACAGCAAGACCAGUCUGCCUCCAGGAACAGCUCAGCCGGCUGCUUCCAGACCAGCCGCUGCCAGCCAGGGAAACAUCGGGCAAGCGAAGGAAAUCAAGAUGGAGGAUGUCAGCAGCUCUGAGGCUCGUCGCCAGCUCUUCAGGCAGCUUUGCUACCAGGAUGCCCAGGGCCCUCGCGAGGUCUACGGGCUCCUGAGGGAGCUUUGCCAUCAGUGGCUGAGGCCAGAGAAGCACACCAAGGAGCAGAUCCUGGACCUGGUGAUCCUGGAGCAGUUCCUGGCUGUGCUGCCCUCAGAAAUGGGGAGCUGGGUGAAGGAGCGAGGCUCAGAGGGCUGUGUACAGGCCCUGGCCCUGGCAGAGGAAUUCCUCCUGAGGCACCAGGAGGCGGAGAAAGCGGGAGGGCAGGUGAGAGAAGCAUUUGGGGGUCCAGAGUCGACAAAGGGGUUAAAGAAGUGGCCAUUUUGCUUAAGAACAUGACUCCUCGAUCACCCAAUGAAUGGCCGUGGCUCCCCGGAGAUUAAUGCCAGGGAUAAUGCAAGCUAUACAUGCCGAGAAGUGAACAUGUUCUCUCUUGCUCUGCUGGGGCUGAAUAGGAAAAAUGUUUUCUCCUCCUCUUUCAGGGACUGAGGACCAUUGCAGAGGCGGCUGCUUGUGUCACCGAAGGAGAAAAGCAGGGAAGCUCAGACGGUUGCGUCCUGGCCCUGGCUGAGGAAUUCCUCCUGAGGCACCAGGAGGCGGAGAAAGCGGGAGGGCAGGUGAGAGAAGCAUUUGGCCAGAGUCGACAAAGGGGUUAAAAAUGUGGCCAUUAGCUUGCAAACCAGUAUUCAAAUUUGUAUCUUUAUUUAACUUUUUAAGAAACUACCAGGAGCGGUAAAAUGGUCUGCAGUACAUGAGAUAAAGUACAAACUGCCUAUAAAAACAACUGAUAAUCCAUAAAAAUACUGGGCCGCAUUUCACAAGCCUGGUCGCAUUUGUUCAUGCAUUGGUAUCCUUGAGGCUUGAUUACUAACACGAUAAUCUUUAUUUUCAUUGUCCCAUACAGAACAACGAAAUUGAAAAAAUCUACAUCAGACAUUCAAAAACCAACAAGCCUGCUAUCCCAGCCUGGUUAGCCCCCUAAAAACUCUGAUACCCCAUAAUUAAAUACAAUAUACUCCCAUAGAGACUAUCUUACACUGUGUUUAAUACCAAAAUUGCAUUGGAUAGAAACUGUUUCUCAGGUGGCUAGUCCUAGUCUUUAUAACCCUGUACCUUCUUCCAGAAGGCAGAAGCUGAAAGAGAUCAUUUCCAGCGUUCGCACUAUCCUGCGCUAUCUCUGCAGCUUUCUUAUGACAACUGGAAGCAUAGAUUUGAUCCAAGGGGGGAAGAGUGCACUCAAUUUUUCUCUCCGCAGUCUUUACAACCCUGGACAGCAUUGUUUUUUCCCUUGCCGCGCAGCUCCCAAACCACACACACACACAGACCAUAAGUUAAUACACUCUCCACAGUACAAUGGUAAAAUGCCAUCAACAAGUCAUUUGAGAGAUUAUUUUUCUGGAGGAUGCUUUCUGUGUGGGGCUGCCCUCGGGACUUGUCCAGAAACUCCAGCUGGUGCAGAAUGCAGGUGUUGAGUGGAAAGUGUUACUCUCUUUCAGGGACUGGGGGCCAUUGAAGAGGGGGCAGUGUGCACUCCCAAAGGAGAACAUUCCUUGCUGGAUCCAGGCCGAAGACUUGAGCCCAGGGAAGUCCUGCAGAAUUAUGAAAACAAGGCCCCUUUGGGUAAAAACACAUUUUCCCUAUCCCAAUCUGUUGUGAGUUUUCCCAUUAAAUUGUAUUCUAGAUUUGGCUCUUUAGCUCUGCUCUCUGUACAUCUGUCGGAUUGAUUUGUUGUGCGCCAACGUGAUUCAGGUUGGACACAAGAAAAUGCUUUUCCCCCUCCCAGCCCGUACAAGGCAGGCCUUUCCUGAUUUGCACGGGGCUGGCAUUCUGGGUCACUGUCUGCGAUGGCGGAGUGUGCAUAAACUCACUCUUCCCCAUUAUGCCCCUGCCUCGCCUCUUUUCCCGACCAUUUCUAGGUCACCAUCAUGUACGCAUGCGUAGUCGCGCAUCAGUUAGACGCAAGUAAACCGGCUUUUGGAUGUGCAUAGCUAAAACUCUGGCAUUUUCACAUGCAAUAUUUAUUUAUUUUAUAAAAUUUGUUUAGCGCCCUUCCUCUGAAGAUCAAAACACAAAAUACAUAAUACAGUGGUACCUCUGGUUACGUACUUAAUUCGUUCCGGAGGUCUGUUCUUAACCUGAAACUGUUCUUAACCUGAAGCACCACUUUAGCUAAUGGGGCCUCCUGCUGUGGCCCCGCCACCGCAGGAUGAUUUCUGUUCUCAUCCUGAAGCAAAGUUCUUAACCUGAGGUACUAUUUCUGGGUUAGUGGCGUCUGUAACCUGAAGCGUCUGUAACCUGAAGCGUAUGUAAAUUUUGGGCAGAGGUCGGUAAGGAUUACUUCUGCUUUAAUUUGUUCUAUUGCGUAUUUUGAUUAUAGAUGUUUAUAUUUUUAACAUCUGUACUACUGGAUUUUUCACUCGUUCGAAGCCUGGUUUGACAUUACGGAGCCAUUAAGCAUUAAGCCUAUUUUGACAUCCAUCAUAAUUUUGCAGUUUUGGCAACUUGCUCAUUCUACGGUUCCUCUCCCCCCCCCCCCCCACUUCUUAACAGAUUGCUGGCAGGUAGAUGAACGGCAAGAGGGAAACCCCCCACUCGAGAGAGCCAUGGAAGUGGUGACUUUGCAGAGCUGCUUCCAAAGGAGAACAGCGGAGAAGACACCUUCCUGGGGCGAGGAGCGGGAAGAGACUUUCGAGCAUCAGCCGAGACCAAGAAAGCAGCAGAGGAACCGCCCCAAGAACAGGCUGAGCAAGUCCAUCUCUUGCACCGUCCACCUUCUGCAGCACCCGUGGACCCAAGAGGCCACGAAACUGCACCAGUGCUCUUACUGCGGGAAGAACUUUGACGGCCCGUCGCACCUGAUCAUCCACGAGAGGAAGCACACUGGGGAGAAGCCCUAUAGCUGUGCCACAUGCGGGAAGAGCUUCAGCCGCAAUUGGAGCCUGGUCAUGCACGUGAUGACCCACACAGGCGAGAAGCCCUACAAGUGCUCAGCCUGCGGGAAAGGCUUCCGGCAGAAGUCCGCCCUCACCAUCCACGAGAGAAUCCACACGGGGGAGAAGCCCUACAAGUGCUCAGCCUGCGGGAAAAGCUACAUGUGCAACUCGCGCCUCGUCGCGCACGGCAAGAAGCACUCCAAGGAGAAGCCCUAACAGUGUCCCUCAUACGGGAAGAGCUUCCGCUGCAACUCCCAGCUCGUCUUGCACCAGAGGGUCCACACGGAGGGGAAGCCGUAGAAGUGCUCUGUCUGUGGGAAGAGCUCCAGCUACAAGUCAGACCUUCUCUGACAUAAGAGAACCCACCGUUAGAGGGGGGGUUUCUUCUGGUGGCGGACGACAGAACCAUGAGACCGGUGUAAAAACUCAAACAAAGGUUUUAUUACAGCUAUACAAAACAACAAACACAAAGCAUGUUGGGGUUAUCUCUCUGCAGGCAAAUUCAAACUGCAAUUUCUCCUCUUUUGAUACUCAUCACCAGCUGUACCUAAUCAGCCUAGAAAACCACUCACAGAAACAGUUCUUAAAGUUACAAUCAUUUUUCUGUAUGACUCCUAACAUCCCCUCUCAUUCAAACAGAAACAGAAACAAAACAGUACUUUAAACAUAUACAAAACAUAUUUACACAUCAUGCACAACAGUUCCUAAUUUUGUCACUAGCUGUGCAUGUUUCUCAAAAGUUAGUGCUUUCGUAAAUAUAUCAGCCACAUUUUACAUGCUCUCACAGUAUUUCAGCAUUAUCAGAUUUUGUUUAACAUUUUCACUUACAUUCUGAUCUUUAAUCUCCAAAUGUUUUGAUUUACUGUUGAACUGCUCAGACCCAGACAAAGUUAUUGCAGCUUGAUUUUCUUCCCAUAUUUGAACUGGAUAAUCACAUUGUAUAUCUAAAUCAUUGAGGAUUUGAACGUAAUAUUUUAUUUCAUUACACAACUCCGAUAAAGCACAGUAUUCAGCCUCUGUUGAAGACGUGGUCUCGAUUCCUUGCUCUUUGGACUUCCAACCUAUCAAGGAAUCCCCAAAUUGAAACACCAUGCCAGAAAUGGAUUUUCUAUCAGGCAGGUUGGCCCAAUCGCUGUCAACGUAACACUGCAAUUUUGUAGACCCUGAAGAUGGUAAUCCUAAACAAUAAUCAAGUGUAAGUUUUAGAUACCAGAAAAUACGUUUUAAACCCUUCCAGGCAUUUUCUGUGGGGUAGCUUACUAGUCUGCUCAGUAUUCCAACUGCAUAACUCAAAUCUGGUCUGUUCCACAAUGAAAUGUAUAAUAAACUUCCAACUAUUGAACGGUACAUUUCAGGAUUUACUGGUUCUGUGCAUUCUCCUUCAUUAUUGAAAAAACCUGUUUCCAUUGGGGUUUUUGCUCCCUUGCUAUUUUGCAUAUUGUUCUUUCUAGUAAUUCCAUUAUUUUAUCUUUUUGACUCAACAAAAAACUUCCAUCGUUUGUCUUUUGAAUUUCUAGACUGAGAUAAUUUUUCACUGGUCCCAAAUCUCUUACUUUAAAUUCCUUUCUUAGUUGUUCUGCAAAUUUGUCCAUUUGCUUGUCAUUUUUUGUAGAAAAAAGCAAAUCAUCAACAUAAGACAAACAUAAUUCUUGUUUAUCACCCUUUCCUUUAGUGUACAAGCAAUCAUCAGCUAAGCUACUUUUAAAGCCAAGAUUUUUUAAAGCAUUAUUGAGACACUUGUUCCAAUUUCUAGCUGAUUGUUUGAGCCCAUAGAUUGCUUUGUGUAACCUAUAUACAGAAUUCUGUUCGCCUGCCUCAAAUCCUGGUGCUUGAUUCAUAAAAAAUUCUUCGUGCAGUUUUGUUUUAAGAUAAGCUGUCUCAAUAUCAAAAUGAUUUAUUUUAAACCCCCGUUGUGCUGCAAUACCUAGCAAUAAACGUACAUGUUCGCUCCUUGUAGUAGGAGAAAAGGUUUCAUCAAAACUUUCACCUUUUCUUUGCGUAAAACCUCGUGCUACCUGCCUAGCUUUGUACUUAACACCACCAUCUGCCAAGUGUUUUAUUUUAUACACCCAUCUACAGUCCACUGCCUUUUUUCCUUCUGACAAUGGCUCAAUAGUAAACACAUUAUGCUCUGCCAAAGAUUUCAUUUCUGCUCUCAUUGCAUUUUCCCACAUUAUUAUUUCCUGGUGUGGUAACUUUAAAACCUCCUCAUAAUCACAAGGUUCUUUCUUCACUUCAACAGUUUUAACUUCUUGUAUAGUAAACCUUUCUGGAGGUACCCCCUUAUUGCUUCUUUGUGAUCUUCUAACUUGAACACUUUCCCCCUCUGAACUAUCUUCCCCUUCUAAUUCAUCUUGCUCAGGAUAAAUUGGUUCAGCUUUAGGAGAUUGUGUACUGGGACUCUCAUCCCCCGAUUCCUCAUCACUAUCACUUUCAGAACUUCCUUGAAUUUGUGGCUUUUCUUCCUCAGAUUUCACAAAUUUAUCUGUAUCAUCUGAAGAUAAAACUUCUGAAUUUCCAUGUAAAUGAGCCCAACCAUCUUGCUCACAAAACUUUGCAUGUCUUGAUAUCACAACUCUGCCAUGCCCUAGUGCAAAAUUAUACGCUUUUGACCAACUUCGAUAACCAACAAAUCUAAGUCUCUUUGCCUUGGAUCUCCUUCCCUUCUCUGUCCUUUUGGGAUGUGAACCCAAGCCCAACAACCAAAAGUUUUAACAUGGUCCAAAAAAGGCUUUUUUCCAUAAAGCAAAAAAUGAGGGGUAUUGUUUAUGAUAGAAUGAAACAAUCUGUUCUGUAUGUAAUUAGCACAGAGAAUUGCUUCCCCUCAAAACUUCCUGGAUAAGCCAGACUCACAUAACAUAGAAUCUAGCAUUGUUUGUAAAGACCUUAUCUUGCGUUCUGCAAUGGAAUUUUCUUCGGGUGAAAAGGGACACGAUUUACAGUGACUAAUACCACGUUUUUUCAACCAUAUCUGGGGGGCUUCAGACAUGAACUCGCCUCCAUGGUCACUCUGCAAUUGGGUAACUUUGUAGGGAAACUUCCUUUCUAUAUAGUUGACCCAAUUUUUAAUCAGUUGACCAGUUUCACUGUUGUGUUUUAACAAGUAUACCGAAGUAUACCGGCUAUAAUCAUCCACAAGAACCAGAAAAAACUUUGCUCCUCCUUCAGAUUCUGCAAAUGGCCCACAAAGGUCUGAGUGUACUAAAGCAAAUGGCUUCUUGCUAAUUCUAUUACUUUCAGGAUAAGAUCUCCGCUUACUUUUAGACUCCUUGCAGGUAUUGCAGUCCAGAAAAACUGAACAUUUUCCGGAGUUAUGGUGAGGUGUUGUCGCCUUCCUCUCAUGGCGCCUUUCCUCCGCAUCAAGCAAAUGCCCUGUUAAGAAAUGCAUCGUUAAUUGGUUUUCUGGAAUUGCCUCCAGCAUCAUCACUAAAUAAUCCCAUGACUUGGGAAGUGAAGACAGCACAAUAUAAACCUUUCUCUGCUCAGAAAAAUGUUCCCCAAGUUUAUUUAACUGUGAAAAUAAAUCAUGCAUUCUUUGAAGGUGUUUUGAAACACAUUCACCCUCACUUAGUCUGGCUCGAUACAGAGCUCUCAUUAGAGUAAUUUUGCUGCUAGCAGUGUCUCUAAUGUGUAUCGCUCUUAGUGCUUGCCAAAUCUCACUUGCUGUUUCAAGGUCUCGCACAUGAGAUAACUGAGACUUCUCUAAACUCAAAAUUAGAUUGGCAUAUGCUUUGUCCUCCACUCUUUGGUCUGCUUCAUCUAACUCUUCAUACUUAUCUUUUACAGGAGCAUUAACAAUAACAGUCCAACAUUGUUCUUUCUUUAAAAAUGCCUGCAUCUAUAAACUCCAUGACAUAUAAUUGGAUUCUCCCAGUUUCUCUACUGGAAAACAUGAAGCUCUCCCUUGAGCUCUAGCUCCAAGUCCAGCCAUGGCUCCACCCAGCUUUCAGCUUUCCACUCAGUCUUUACUCACACGUGGCUUGGAGACUUGUUUGGCUCCUGGUCUCAAACAGACACUCCCUGCCGACGCCUUCACACAGCCAGCUGCUUGAGAAACGCUGAGUCACUUCCAAUCUCUGGGUUCUUUUCCACGCUCUGUCUCUGCCCACUCAGGACUGGUGCCCAUAACCUGUUAGAGGGGGGUUUCUUCUGGUGGCCAAUGACAGAACCACGAGACCAGUGUAAACACUCAAACAAAGCUUUUAUUACAGCUAUGCAAAACAACAAACACAAAGCAUAUGGGUGUUCUCUCUCUGCAGGCAAAUUCAAACUGCAAUUUCUCCUCUUUUUAUACUCAUCACCAGCUGUACCUAAUCAGCCUAGAAAACCACUCACAGAAACAGUUCUUAAAGUUACAAUCAUCUUUUCUGUUUCUUUGCAGAAUGACUCCUAACACCCACACGCGGAAGAGACCUUACCAGUGCGACAAGUGCCGGUGGGGUUUCGUUUGGAAAUCACAGCUCGUGAGCCACCAGUGGAUGCACAGGGAAGAGAAGCCUUGGCGCAGGAACCCGCUUGCUUUGGGGAAAGCGUUUGUCAUCACUCACUUCAUAUGAGGAGGCAGAAGGAACAGAGGAAGCUGCCCGAACCAGGCUGUUGGGUCCAUCCGGCAUACAGUUGCCACACUGACUGGCCAUGGCUGUCCAGGAAUCCAGGCAGGGUUCUCUCUGAGACUACCCAGAGAUGCCAGGGAUUGAGCGUACGCAAAGAAGAUGCUCUGCAAAUGAGCUAUGACCAUUCCCCAUUUCUACCAAAAUACCCGCCUUAUUAAAAUCCUCCACGCAUUAGGUGUGUGGCAGCCGUGGGGAGCCUGAAUCCACAGCUCUGGCUGACUUUAGAAGGUCUCUUUGUCCCACCCCGAUCACCAGUUUUUUAAUAGCUUCAGUCUGGUUCCAGGGCAAGACUUCCAAACUGAGCUCACACCACAAAAACCUCAGUUCUACAAUACUCACAGGUGAGAGUUGGCGCUCCCAAAUUAUUAUUUUUCUCCAUUAUUUUUAUUAAAUUUUCAGUUUUACAUUUUAGAAUAUUAAUUUAAACAACCUUAAAAUAUCAAUGACUUCCCUUCUCUUUCCAUGGUUCAUUUUGCAUAGCAUAAAUCCCUGCGUAUUUUAUAUUAACUAAACCACUCAGUAUUCCAUUAUUGCAUCCAUCAAAACUUAUUUACACUGUUGAAUUCAUCUUAAUGCAGCCCACAUUUUCAAAAAUACACAUCCUCCCCCCCCCUAUAUUCAAUAAACAUUUUCCAAUCUACUUCAAACAUACGUUCUUCUUGUUCUCUUAUUCUGUAUGUUAGGACUGCAAGCUGCACAUAUUCCAUCAGUUUAAGUUGCCAUUCUUCUUUAGUUGGAACCUCGCUCGUUUUCCAUUUGGGGGCUAACCAAGCACGGGCUGCAGUAGUGGCAUACAUAAAUAGCCUUUUUUGACACCUGGGAAUUUCCAUCUGAAUUAUCCCCAACAAAAAGGACUCUGAUUUUUUUGGGAAAGUACUUCUAAACAUUUUUUUCAAUUCAUUACGAAUUAUUUCCCAAUACUCUUUUACCCUUUUACAGGUCCACCACAUAUGACAGAAUGUACCCUCAGUCGCAUUGCAUCUCCUGAAAAUGACACUCCUGAAAAUAGAUAUUUUCCUUGUAUACUUUAGAAGGAUAAAUAAACUGAAACCAUUCCCCGCCUCUCGAAGCAUUCUCUUUUAAUGCUGCUAGCAGUUCUGAAUGUGUUGUCUCUUGUUUGGCUCAUCCCUGUUUUGCAUGACACCCUUUGGGAGUCUGUCAGCUGAGGCUGGCCAGCAGUCUCUCUGGUUGAGCCCAAGCGGCUAUGACAUGUAGUUCCUCUUCUGCAAGCACCAGUGAAAUGAGUCCUUACCUUCCAAGGAUUGGCUCCCAGGGCCAUUCUGCAGGAGGCGCACAAGGAUGAAAACCGAGCAGGAGCUGCUCCUCCUUACGCCCCGAAGCUAAGCAGCCAGGAACGCUUAAAGCAUGUCACCUUCAAGAAACUGCCAAGUGAGUUCUGUUGGCUAUAAUAAUAAGAAUAAUAAUUUAUUAUUUAUGCCCCGCCCAUCUGGCUGGGUUUUCCCAGCCACUCUGGGCGGCUCCCAACAAAAUAUUAAAAAUACAAUAAAACAUCAAACAUUAAAAACUUCCCUAAACAGGGCUGCCUUAAGAUGUCUUCUGAAAGUCA